UUUUAGUUUUUUUCAGUUUGUUGGAGUACAGAUUUUUAAAGUAUGUCCUUAUGAGGUGGCCUAGGAGAGAAGACUUAGAGGGGCUUCAGGAAAGAGCUAAUAGGAUCCUGUUCAUACCUGGGGCUGGAGUCCACAGGGAGUUGGGGUGUGGUAGGAAGAGGAGAUCCUGUAUGUUUGUUAGGGAAAGGCAAACAAUUAUCUGGAAAGACAGGCCUAAAAGCAUUAGGGGAGCCCGGGUCUAACCAAGAGCUGGAGUCUCCAGUGGGUGGAGUUGAAGUAGGCUGUCACUGGACUGAAGGUGAGACUGGAGAGGUAGUGGAGGAAAGGAAAGAGGGUGUAAGUCACCUAACUGAGUCUCUGCCAAGUGUAGCCACUGGCGGUCCCAGAUAGUUGAGAAUCUGUAGCUGACACAAGGGGAUGGAAAGAAGGAGCAAAGCUGAGGCCUCCUUUAAAGUUCAGUGGAGUCCACAGGGACUGGAGGUAGGUGGGAAAGUCAGACUCCUGCCAGCGGUCUGCUACAGGACUGGGGGCGAGACUAAUGGCAGACAGCCAGUGUGGAAUGGCUUCAUUUGAAAGUCCUAGCAUCUUUACAUGGUGAGGUUGGUUCUGUCAUGCUAGGACUGGCGCUUACAUAAAACCCUAAGCAAGCUUUCAUGCCAAGUUCCCAGUAGGUUAGUUUUUGCUCCCCAUUCAGCCACUGGAUGUUGGAGAAGAGAUAGUUGAGGCAGUCCUUUUACUUCAUGGUACAGUACUAUUCUUAUACCUCGGGAUAGAAGUCUUGGUUUCUUGGUAAAGAUUAGUAUGGUAAUUGACCAACAAUAGCUUCUAAGUUAGUUAGCUAGAUAUUGCAUUUCACUUCUAAGACCUGAACAUAAUUCUCUUUCACCAGUCAGAAGGCCUCUUUUUCAUGUUGGGCUUCUUGGACAUGGGGGAGAGCAGUUGCAGAUAGUGCUUUUCUUCUUCAGUGCAUGGCUUUAUGUUUUUAAACUAAAAGCAGGCACUAUGGUAUCUCACCCGGUUAUCUUAAAUAUCCAUUCUAGCAGUGCUGUGCCUUAACAUUUGUUCAACUCAGUAUGUCUGUGGGAGUUAUCACUGUAAGAUAACACUCAGCUUCCAUCUUCCUCCACCCACCAAAAUGUCUUUUUUUCCCUAAGACUAGAACUAAUUGCCCUUUUGGGUGGUCUCAACUCAACAUACUCUGCCUUCCAGAUCAAAAUGAUUUUUUUUAAAAAGAAGAAGAAAUGGAUAAUUAGUCCUAGUACCUGAAUUUUUAUUUGAUGAGGAGCCUGGCAUUGGGGGAAGGUGGAGGAAUUGUGGAAAAUAAUAUAGCUUUUUUAAUCAGAGGGAAAGCAUAUGUAUCUGGUUCACAAUGAUAAAUUGCUCAUAUUAUAUUAAACACGGUGAUGUGUCUUCAAACUUGUUUUCAAUUUCAGAAUACAACAUGAAUGACAACCACGGUUUUUAUGGAAGAAAGACAAGUUUGCAUUUUAACAGGCAUAAAUUUGGCCGAAAGAACUAUCAUUUUGAGCAUCCUGGUACUCCUUAUGCCAUGGGACCAAGAUGGAAAAGAAAAAAAUACAGCGAUGAAGACACUGUGUGGGAAGAUAAUAAAGUAGAGAGUGAACUGGGGCUAGUUGCUGAAAAUGGAACCCUGGGUAGCUGGUUCAAAGUCACAAUUCCAAAUGGAAGAAACUAUGACAAGACAUGGCUAAUGAAUUCAAUGCAGGACCUCUGCAGUGUGGCUUUCAUCCCUGUUGAUUUCCACUAUGACAAACAUCGGGCCCGGUUCUUUGUCCAGAAUGCUAGGACUGCUUAUGCAUUGAGGGAUAUCAACAACAAACUUCGUGAUGAGACAAAUCAAAAGAUAUCUAUCUUCAUCAGUCCUUCUGUUGUACCUUAUUCUGUGCAGAGUAAGUUCACCUCAGAAGAAAUAAAGCAGCUAAAGAUGACGGUGAUGAAACGAUAUGAUGCCUCUCAGAAAUCUCUGGACCUCGAGAGAUUCCGCUUUGACAAAGACUUUAUGGACAAUGACAUUGACGUGAUGCUGAAUCGAAGAAGCUGCAUGGUUGCAACACUACAGAUCAUUCAAAGCAGUAUCCCUGAACUGUUGGCCUUGAACUUAUGCAACAACAAAUUGCACCAGCUGGAUGGUUUGUCAGAUAUGAUAGAGAAAACUCCUCAAGUUAAGAUUCUGAACCUCUCCAAAAAUAAACUGAAAACAGUUUGGGAGUUGGAGAAGGUGAAGGAGCUGAAUCUGGAAGAGCUUUGGCUGGAAGGGAACCCCUUCUGUAGCCACUUCUCAGAUCAGUCUGACUAUAUAAGUGCCAUCCAGGACAUCUUUCCCAAGUUGCUGCGUCUGGACGGCAAGGAGCUAAUAGUACCAACAGGAAUGGACAUAGAAGUCCCACAGUUAAGCAAGCAAACAUGUACAGAAACUGAACCCAAAAAAAAUCUAGUACUACAGUUUCUCAAGGAAUACUACUCAUUUUAUGACAAAGAACGAUUUCGUCUCCUCGAUGCUUACCAUGAUGAAGCCUGCUUUUCCCUGACUGUUUCUUCCAACUUCAAUGACCCAGACCUGAGCAACCUGGAAGAGUAUUUCAAACAUAACAGAGAUAUAAAGAAGAUACAAGAUUCCCACAUGCGAAUGAGGUUGCUGAAGCACACAAAACACACCAUUGUGGAUUCUCUUAGUUUGUUACCCAAAACUCAGCAUGAUCUAUGCUCUUUCUUGGUGGACUUGUGUUUCCACACGGAGACAGUUCUCUGCUUUUCUGUCAACGGGUUGUUCAAGGAGGUGGAAGGGAAAUAUCAAGGCUACAUUCGUGCCUUCACACGGAUCUUCAUCACUACCCAUUAUAAUAAUUCAAGAAUUUGCAUCAUGAAUGAUAAGCUGAUUGUGAGGAAUACCCGCACCAGGGAGAUCCAGAAUGCAUUUAUCCCAGCCAACUCUCCCCUUUCUGAAGAGCAGCAAGAAAUGGUGAAGUCAUUCUCUAUGCAGUCUAGAAUGAAACUUACAUGGGCUCAGAAGUGA